AUGGCCGACCAAAUCAAGGAGAUCCUCGAGGUUCCCUCCGAGUUCGCCCAGGAAGGUGUUCAGUUUAUGAGACGGUGCACCAAGCCCGACAAGCUUGAGUUCCUGAAGCUCUGCCAGGCCGUCGGUGUCGGUUUCCUCAUCAUGGGCGCUGUCGGCUACAUCGUCAAGCUGAUCCACAUCCCCGUCAACAACAUCCUCGUCGGAGGCGCAUAA